CCCGCCCCCGCCCGGCGUCGGGCCGUCGGACGGGCUGGAAGGGGCGGCCGCUCGGGCAGGAUGGCUGCGGCUGCGGUGGGCGCGGGCCCUGGCGCCGGGGGCCCGGGCGCAGCGAGCAGCAGUGGCGGGGCGCGAGAGGGCGCGCGGGUGGCGGCGCUGUGCCUGCUGUGGUACGCGCUGAGCGCGGGCGGCAACGUGGUCAACAAGGUGAUCCUGAGCGCUUUCCCGUUCCCGGUGACCGUGUCGCUGUGCCACAUCCUGGCUCUGUGCGCUGGGCUCCCGCCGCUGUUGCGCGCCUGGCGCGUGCCCCCGGCGCCGCCCGUAUCUGGCCCCGGACCCAGUCCGCAUCCGUCGUCCGGCCCGCUGCUGCCGCCGCGCUUCUACCCGCGCUACGUGCUGCCGCUCGCCUUCGGCAAGUACUUCGCGUCCGUGUCAGCGCACGUCAGCAUCUGGAAGGUGCCCGUGUCCUAUGCACACACCGUCAAGGCCACCAUGCCCAUCUGGGUGGUCCUCCUGUCCCGGAUCAUUAUGAAGGAGAAGCAGAGCACCAAGGUAUACUUGUCACUCAUCCCCAUCAUCAGCGGUGUCCUGCUGGCCACCGUCACCGAGUUGUCUUUUGACAUGUGGGGACUCGUCAGCGCCCUCGCUGCCACGCUGUGCUUCUCGCUUCAGAACAUUUUCUCCAAAAAGGUCUUGCGAGAUUCACGGAUCCACCAUCUCCGGCUGCUCAACAUCCUGGGCUGCCACGCCGUCUUCUUUAUGAUCCCCACCUGGGUUCUGGUGGACCUCUCAGCUUUCCUGGUCAGCAGCGACUUGACCUACGUCUACCAGUGGCCCUGGACGCUUCUGCUCCUGGCUGUCAGCGGCUUCUGUAACUUUGCCCAGAAUGUAAUCGCCUUCAGCAUCCUCAACCUCGUUAGCCCCCUGAGCUACUCGGUCGCCAAUGCCACCAAGAGAAUCAUGGUCAUCACGGUGUCCCUGAUCAUGCUGCGUAACCCAGUCACCAGCACCAACGUCCUGGGCAUGAUGACCGCCAUCCUGGGGGUCUUCCUCUAUAACAAGACCAAGUACGAUGCAAACCAGCAAGCCAGGAAGCACCUCCUCCCUGUCACUACAGCAGACCUGAGCGGCAAGGAGCGCCACCGGAGCCCACUGGAGAAGCCCCACAACGGCCUCCUCUUCCCCCAGCACGGGGACUAUCAGUACGGCCGCAACAACAUCUUAACAGACCACUUCCAGUACAGCCGGCAGAGCUACCCAAACUCGUACAGUUUGAACCGCUAUGAUGUGUAGAGUCCAGAGGACAGGGCCAGACUGUUCUGUGACUCCUUCCCCGGCCCCCACAGCAGUAUCAGAAACUUCUGACAAUCAGUGAAUGUACAACCCAGCCGAGGGGAUGGUGCAUAACUCUCCAUCAGAAGCCCUGGGGUUCCUGGCCCCCCGUGAGCCACAGGAGGAUGCGUUGCCUGCAGUGCAGACGGCCGUGAGCUCUGAGCAAACCUAAACAGAGACCAGUGUCUCAUGCUCUUUCUUCCUGGAGUCUGUCAUCUGAGGGCCGUGUCCCUGCGGAGAUCUUGGCCACGUUGUACCUUUCCAUAUGGAAUUAUUCCCCAAGCAGUGUAGCUCACAGAACUUGUGUCUGCAUUCCAGAUAACAUUCAGGACCUGUGUGAAAAGCUGGGGUCACUGUGGCUGUAGACCAUGAGCUGGCAGUGGGGGUGUCCAGGGCGGUGCUUGAGAACGUCAGACUGGCUACUUGAAUUCCCUGGCGCAGAUACACAUAGGACCAACAGGGUCACCAAGCAAACGGAGCCCGCGAGAAUCAUUCAAAACAUCCCCAGCCACAGAGAUGGAUCCAGUUUCCUGGUCAUCCCCUUAGCAGUUCACAAGUUCCUGGCAAAUGUUCCAAAGCAAAAAGCAAUUGCAAUUAGCAUCCAGUUCCUGCAGCCUGGUGCUCUGCCCUGCACGUCAGGGUUGGCAUCCACUCAGAUCCAGAUGGAAGGGAAACUGCUCUCUUCUCCUUUGCCUCCUCUUCCCUCACCAGAGCAGGGUGCUUCUCUUGGGGUGGUGAGAAGGAUCUUCAAGAAAUCAUGUUCAGUAUUUCAAGCUCUAUUUCUGCGGCACGUGUCUUUUGAGAGGCAUCUUCACUUCUUCCGUGAUGACUUGGUAGGUUGUUUGGUAGAGAGAUCUUGAUUGUCGGAGGAUCUUGCAUUUUUCUAGGGAAUAUUUUGUAGUUGUGUGUGUGUGUUUUUGCCUUGGUCCCCAUUAUGGGAUGCACUAGGACUGGCCUAUGCAUCGAAAAUCUUUUUGUUUGUAAACGUUUAAAAACAAAGUUCCCCAGCCAGGCACGGUGGCUUAUACCUGUAAUCCCAGCACUUUGGGAGGCCAAGAUGGGCGGAUCACGAGGUCAGGAGUUCGAGACCAGCCUGGCCAACAUAGUGAAACCCCAUCUCUACUAAAAAUACAGAAAUUAGCCGGGCGUGGUGUCGCGCGCCUGUAGUCCCAGCUACUCAGGCUGUUGAGGCAGGCAAAUCACUUGAACCUGGGAGGCAGAAGUUGUGGUGAGCCGAGAUUGUGCACUCUAGCCUGGGUAACAGAGCGAGACUCCGUCUCAAAAAAAAAAAAAAAAAAACCCAAGUUCCCACUGGUGAUGCCUGUGUGACACAUUUUGGUAUUUAGUAGGAAAUAAUGAAGUGUUUCGAAGCUUCGAGAGAAGCUUCAAAAUUGUCACAAUUGCUGAAAACAGAAUAAAUCGUGAACAUUAUCUCAAUAUUUUGUAUAAUAGACAAGACCACAGUGUUUUGGUUCCCUGACCUGUUUUUGUGUUUAUGUUAGGAUCUGAAUCAUGUUCUGGGUAAGGGGACGAAGAGCGAACACUGCACUAAGAUUUGGUUUGCCAAAUCAGAUUCUUUGGUCAGGAGUCAGUUUGGGGCCAGGUGUGGUGGCUCACGCCUGUAAUCUUAGCACUUUGGGAGGCUGAGGUGGGCGGAUCACUAGAGUUUGAGACCACCCUGGCCAACAUGGUGAAACCCCAUCUCUACUAAAAAUACAAAAAUUAGCCAGGCAUGUUGGGCACCUGUAAUCCCAGCUACCUGGGAGGCUGAGGCAGGAGAAUCACUUGAGCCCAGGAGGUGGAGGUUUCAGUGAGCUGAGAUCACACCACUGCACUCUAGCCUUGGUGACAGAGUGAGACUCUGUCUCAAAGAAAAAAGGAAUCAGUUUGAUUCUUGGCAGAAAUCAACAUAAGGAAUAUGACAAGACCCCAGUAGGUAACCCUGAGUGCUCAGGUCCGAGCUGUGGUCUCUUUUACGGCUUCAUGAAAGGACCGUGCUCUCACGGAGGGGACCACAACUUGGCUUGUGGGGUCUUAGGUGAUGGCUGCCUUCUUUCUUCAUCACCACACCCAGCUUCUUGCUGGCACUUAGGGGAAGAGAGCAGCAAAUGAGAGGUUUACCUUUUAUCUCCCAGUGAGCGAGAUGUUUCCCUGUUCAGAGAGGAAGUAACAUCGCUUAUGCUUGGCUCGUGUUUUUUUUGUUGUUGUUGUUUGUUUUUCUUUCAAUUGGAAUUCUAUAUUUAAGAUGUUAUGUCAGCUGACACAUGGGACACUCCUGAAGAGGUGACUGGCCCCCCACCCUGUUUGGCGGUGAGUUUCUGCACCACCGGCCUCAGAAGUGUCCCUGUUGCUUCGUCUCUUGUUCGUUUGCUUUGUAAAUACUUUGGUCCCAAGCUGAGACAACUGCUGUGUAAAACGUGAAGAUUCAAACCCAAAGGGUGUCAUUUGUCAGAAGAACUUGCCGUCUGCCUUCACCGAAGGCAGUCAAGUCUGCAGUUGGAUUUUUCUCACUGGUGAAUGACAAGAAACAGGGAUAAUUUUGCACUGCGGAGAUAUUAUGGGAGUUGUCUAUAUAUGAUUAUAUAUAGUACCUGAUUCUUUGAACAUAUCAUUGAACUCCAGAAUGAAUUCGACCUCCAUUCAGGCUUCAUGAAAUCUCUGAAGUUGCUGAAAUUUGUAUAUUAUUUUCCUUUUCCAAUGCAAGAUCUGCUGGUGAGGGGAAAUGACUGUCUGGUUUUAUUAUGGUUUAUAAAUUAAUAAAUGGGCUAUUUAAUUCUGUAUAUAAAUUUACAGCAAGUACGUACACUGGAAUGAAUGAGGCAAUCACGUUACACCAGAUCAGCAGAUCAAAAGACAAACAUGUAUUUCUGAGACUUGGAGGUCCACAUCCCCUGCCCCCCGCCGAGAUGGAGUCUUGCUUUGUUGCCCAGGCUGGAGUGCAGUGGUGCAAUCUCAGCUCACUGCAACCUCCAUCCCCCGGGUUCAAGUGAUUCUCGUGCCUCAGCCUCCCGAGUAGCUGGGAUUACAGGCAUGCACCACCACACCUGGCUAAUUUUUUGUGUUUUUAGUAGAGACAGGGUUUCGCCAUGUUGGCCAGGCUGUUCUCAAACUCCUGGCCUCAAAUGAUCCACCUGCCUUGGCCUCCCAAAGUGCUAGGAUGACAGGCAUGAGCCACCGUGCCCAGCCUGAUUGACAAUGGCCUCUUGAAGGCUGGUUUUUCCCAGCCGGACAGUGCCCGACCCACAUGCUCCACUCCCACACUUUCAUCUGCAGGCCUGCCUUCCUCUCAGCCUCCUCACUGCUGGGCUCUGUGGUAGAGAAUUUCCUUUACCCAUCCAGGGUAUGGUCUGGCUGGUAAUACUGACUCCAACCCAGCUCCUUCAUUUUAUAGAAGGAGGCAUUUCUGAAUCAUGUUUGUUCACCAUGGCAAGACUCACUGCAGAAUUUUUAACCACCUUAUUUUAAGUCAUUCAUUCUAGGAACAGUCAAGCCCCUAUCACAAAGGGGACAAGCCAGAUCCGUUCAAGUGAGGAAGCACUUGCAGUUUCUGAAUUUUGCUGUGUAUUUGUCCUGCAUCACCCAACAGGCCCUUUGCUAUAGCUGGGACAUUACCAGACCCCAAUACCUUAGGGUCUCACAGCCUGAAGGACACAGAAUAUUAAAUUAUUAAAAGACCUGAAAAUAUUAUAAUUUUUUUCAAUUGUCACCUGUUUUCAAGACUUAAAUGCUAUAGACUUUUCUGCAGGAAUGACGUGUAUAUUCCUCACUGGCAUUUACCAAAAAUAAAUGAUGGUUUCCAGGGAAUCAAAA